GGCGCAGUCCCUAGGCCCGGGAGCCCGGACCGGCACUCUGGGAGAGACGCGGCUUCUGGAGAGCUGCGGGACUCGCCGCUGCGGGGUGCGGAGGGCGCGGAGGAGGUCCUAUGGAACCAGAGGAAACUAGUGCGGUGGUCUCUCCCUACAAAUGAAGAAAAAAAACCCAGCGUAAUUGUGCAUUUGUGAGACAUUGCAAACAUAAAUAAAUAAAUAAGGACAUUUCUGGUGAGCCUAGAAGAGUCCAGAUCAUGGAAUCAAUCUCUAUUAUGGGAAGCCCCAAGAGCCUCAGUGAAAACUUUUUGCCUAAUGGCAUAAAUGGCAUCAAGGAUGCAAGGAAAGUCACUGUAGGUGUAAUUGGAAGUGGGGAUUUUGCUAAAUCCCUCACCAUUCGACUUAUCAGAUGCGGAUAUCAUGUUGUCAUAGGAAGUAGAAAUCCAAAGUUUGCUUCUGAGUUUUUUCCUCAUGUAGUGGAUGUCACACACCAUGAAGAUGCUCUAACAAAAACAAAUAUAAUAUUUGUUGCUAUACACAGAGAACAUUAUACUUCCCUGUGGGACCUUAGACAUUUACUUGUGGGUAAAAUCCUGAUUGAUGUGAGCAAUAAUAUGAAGAUAAACCAAUACCCAGAAUCCAAUGCUGAAUAUUUGGCCUCAUUAUUUCCGGAUUCCUUGAUUGUCAAAGGAUUUAAUGUUGUUUCAGCGUGGGCACUUCAGUUAGGACCUAAGGAUGCCAGUCGGCAGGUUUAUAUAUGCAGCAACAAUAUUCAAGCUCGACAACAAGUUAUUGAACUUGCCCGUCAGUUGAAUUUCACUCCUGUUGACUUGGGAUCAUUAUCAUCAGCCAGAGAGAUUGAAAAUUUACCCUUACGACUAUUUACUCUGUGGAGAGGCCCAGUGGUGGUAGCCAUAAGCCUGGCCACAUUUUUCUUUCUUUAUUCCUUCAUCAGAGAUGUGAUAUAUCCAUAUGCUAGAAACCAGCAGAGUGACUUUUACAAGAUUCCAAUUGAGAUUGUGAAUAAAACGUUGCCCGUAGUGGCCAUUACUUUGCUAUCCCUCGUGUAUCUCGCUGGUCUACUAGCAGCUGCUUAUCAGCUUUAUUAUGGCACCAAAUAUAGGAGAUUUCCACCUUGGCUGGAGACUUGGUUACAGUGUAGAAAACAGCUCGGAUUACUAAGUUUUUUCUUUGCUUCGGUCCAUGUUGCCUAUAGCCUCUGUUUACCAAUGAGAAGGUCAGAGAGAUACUUGUUUCUAAACAUGGCUUAUCAGCAGGUUCAUGCAAAUAUUGAAAACUCUUGGAAUGAGGAAGAAGUUUGGAGAAUUGAAAUGUACAUUUCCUUUGGCAUAAUGAGCCUUGGCUUACUUUCACUCCUGGCAGUAACUUCCAUCCCUUCUGUGAGCAAUGCUUUGAACUGGAGGGAAUUUAGUUUUAUUCAGUCUACACUUGGCUAUGUUGCUCUGCUCAUCAGUACUUUUCAUGUUUUAAUUUAUGGGUGGAAACGAGCCUUUGAAGAAGAGUACUACCGGUUUUAUACACCACCAAACUUUGUUCUUGCUCUUGUUUUACCCUCAGUUGUGAUUCUAGGAAAGAUCAUUUUGCUCCUUCCAUGUAUAAGUCGAAAACUAAGGAGAAUUAAGAAAGGUUGGGAAAAAAGCCAAUUUCUAGAAGAAGGUAUGAGAGCAGUUCCUCAUCUCUCACCAGAGAGGGUUACAGUAAUGUGAUGAUAAAUGGUGCUCACUGAUUCCAUAAAACGUUCUAUUCACGCCAUUAUUUUAUGACGCCUUCUAUGUUCAAUUGUAAGUGCACUGUCAAAUUGUUGUGGGUUGAAACUUACUCAGUGACAUCUCAAACAAAUGAGUGGUACAUGUUUUCAAAUUAAUUUUUACAAAUGUUACAUUUUGUCAAAAUGAAUUGUUGUGGUUAACUUUUUGUUGUAUUGAGUAUUUUGUUUUGUAUAACCAUAACAUUACUGUUAUUUUAACAAACUGGAUUCCAUAAUUAGACAAAAUGAUCUAUAGUUAAUAUAAUGUUAAAGAAUUAUUAACCCACAGCAUUUUGUUUUAAUAUAUUUUACUGAAUAAAUAAGAUUUUCCUCUAAAACUUAAGUAAGGUUUUAAUUGUUAUUCAGCAUAAGAUAUAGAAAUGUAUGUUCAUGAAUCAUUUUUGAGAAGUGACACAUUACUAUGUAGGUAGGUCUAUAGGAUAAUAUUCCUAUAUUUCUUUCAUAGAUAGGAUUUGAAGGAUGAAAUUAAUUAUAUGAAGUUACUUGAUUGACUAUAUGGAUAAACACACAAUUUGAACAUGAAAUUAUAUUUUAAAUGCAUAUUUUUAAUUUUUAUCUUAUUAUAGAGCAAGCAGAUAUUAAUAAAGUGAUCUACUUGCAGUUCAGUUGGCACACCGAUCAGGGAAAAGACAGUAAUAAUUUGGUGUCCAAAACUGGUUUUCCUAAUAUAGAACCCUGAGGAUAUUAUUGUUUCCAGUAGGAGGAAAGUGUUAAUUUUAUACCCAAAGAGUUAUUUGUCAGUUGAUCUUUUUGUUGUACUUUAACUAGUCAACAUUGUCUAUGCUAUAACAUCCAAGGCAUUGUUCUAAGCACUUUACUUGGGCUAUCUCAUUCAAUGCUAUCUCAUUCAAUCUCAACCAGUGACAGAGAAGGUAGUUGUUAUCCUUAACUUCUGUAUGGGAAAACUGAAGGAUAAAAAAAUUAUUUUGGGAGUCGGGCGGUAGCGCAGUGGGUUAAGCAAAGUGGCGCAAAGCGCAAGGACCGGCAUAAGGAUCCCAGUUUGAGCCUCUGGCUCCCCACCUGCAGGGGAGUCAUUUCACAAGCCAUGAAGCAGGUCUGCAGGUGUCUAUCUUUCUCUCUCUCUCUCUCUCUGUCUUCCCUUCCUUUCUCCAUUUCUCGCUGUCCUAUCCAACGACAACAACAACAAUAAAACAACAGGGGUAACAAAAGGGAAUAAAUAUUAAAAAAAGAAAUAC